AUGGUGACAGAUACCGGUGCGCGGCCCAAAAAGGGCCCUGCCAAACGUAAGGGCAAUCAGAAAUCUCUGCGUGAAAGAAGGGAUAUUGAUAUUAUGAAUACAAAUGAUAGUAGCAUUGUAUCCAAGAGAAGCGUUUCCAAACUAUAUCUCAGUCAUGAACCAGACUUUUAUGAGCCAUUCGUGCCAAAAUUUGUUCGUCGCAACCCACUCAUCAACCGCGGCUACUGGCUGCGAAUGCACGCCAUUGAGCAGGCAGUCCAUCGCUUUCUGAAAGAAGAGAAUGGAAAGUCAAAAGUCGUUGUGAAUCUUGGAUGUGGAUAUGAUCCCUUGCCCUUCCAGUUCUGGCACAGGUAUCCUUCUCUCGCACAAUCGGCUACCUUUGUGGAUGUUGACUAUCCGCAAUUGAUGGAGAAGAAGCGGGACCGCAUGCUAAGCAAUGACCUCCUUCGAAACGCCCUGCUGAAGACCAAGCUCCGUCAGACCGAGCAGCCUAUACUUCUCCGCAGUGACGGCUAUAUGGCACUAGGCUGCGACCUCAAAGAUCUUGCAACACUCGAAAGAGUUCUUCGAGCCGAGUUUGAUAUUUCGGCAACCACGAUUUUAUUCGUCGCCGAAGUGUCUGUGACUUACAUGCCGCUCAAGGACUCUGAUGCAUUGAUACAGUGGGCCAGCACCAUCGGAGACGCCCGCUUCUGUAUACUAGAACAGUAUCUUCCUCAGGGCCCAGAACACCCCUUCGCUAAAACUAUGCUCUCUCACUUUGACAAAUUACAGGCGUCAAUCAAAGCGGUUAAGCUACAUUCAUCACUGGAUCAACAAGCAGCUCGAUUCCGCAACGCCGGUUGGCCAACGCUUGUCAUGGCUCGUAAUCUGUGGGACCUCUGGUCCGAUGAUUCGUUUACCCCUCCUAGCCUCAGACGCACGAUCAAUGCCACUGAGCCCUUUGAUGAGUGGGAGGAAUUCGCGCUAUUCGGCAGCCAUUAUUUCCUGCUUGUCGCAUCCAACAUGGAGACACAGGGGUCAAAUGAGCCGAUCCACGAGGAGACAACCACUAGGGAGAGUGCGAAUGGCACCGACGCGGGAAGUAUUACCCUGCAUUGUUGGAAGCAGCACAAUGAUACUACCUUGACGCCACGCCGUUUCCCGGCGGCUUUCGCACUGGACAAGGAUACAGUGGCCCUUCAUGGAGGACAGGGAACGCAGACCCGUCUCGCCGAUAUGGACAUGCUGGGACAAGAUGAUUCUGACCAGGAUCGUGCCGUUCAACCUGGUAAUCUGCUACCUACUGCACGUAUGUGCCAUACAAUCACAUCGAUGCAAGAUGGUGAGGCGUUGUUGGUCGGAGGACGUGGGUCGCCCACCCAAGCAUGCGCAGAUUGCUGGCUCUUCAAACAUGGAACUUGGACCAAAGUAGAUGAUCUCGCGCCAGCUCGUUAUCGUCACUCAGCGGUUGCUGUUCAACUAGGAUCUGGUGAGACAUAUACGCAUGGAGUGUUAGUAUUUGGUGGCAAAGCCAGUGACGGCACAGUACUUGACGCCAAUGACUACUGUGCUCUGUGGACUGCCAACACCGGCUGGCACAGCAUUUCCGUCGACGGACCGCACCCGUCUCCACGUUUUGGUGCCGCAACGUGUACGAUCAAUUCAGCCAGAAACUGCGGGCUGCUCACAGGAGGCGGCAACGAGAGCGGCGUGGUUGUCGACGACGCCUUAUGGGAGUGGUCCAUUUCCGCCACACCAACACCACGAGUGAGCUUCAAGGACCGCACCAAUGACGUGCGCAGUAGCCUGACAAAUUCUGCACACGCGCGUAUAGGCUCUGUCCUAGUCCCCUGGAACGAUGCUCUGUUGAUGAUUGGAGGUGUUUCGAAGAAACAUAUCCACAGUCUAUCAGACGACUUUCUGCUCUUGACAUGCAAGGACACGAUCAUUCAAGUGGAGCGUCCCAGCAUGCACGUCGCGCCCCACAUGUCGUGGCCUUUGCUAGUGGGUGUAGGAGCCGUUUCAUCCUCUCGAGACGAGAUUGUGCUUGCAGGAGGAGGAGCGGUAUGCUUCUCGAUGGGCAGCUACUGGAACCAAGAUCCGAUUUCCAUCCUCCCUGGCGCUACGCAAGGGGCCAAGUCGUGGCGUUGUGUUGGGCCGAGUCAGGCUGGCAGCGGCACAGCAGGCACAAAAGGCACAGGACAAGCGAAUGCAGCUGAAACAAGACGUGAUGGUCGUCGAGAGAAGGCAAGUGUGAAAAAGAGGCCUGUGAUGGUGGCACGUACGGCCGAUAUCCAGAGGUCCCAGGUCAGUUCGUCAGAUGACUUUGCGAGACUCGUUGCCUCCUCAAAGCCUGCCAUCAUCACCGGUCUUGACAUUGGCCCGUGCACAGACCUUUGGACUCUGGACUACCUGAAAGAGAAAAUUGGUCCAGAAAGGGAAAUCGUAGUCCACGAGUGUUCAUCCGAUCGGAUGACGUUCAAGGACAAGAACUUCUCCUACGUGAAGAAAUCCACCGCAGACUUCCUCGACGGCAUUGCAAAAGGCUCCCAUGAAUACCUGCGUGCUGUGUCAUCAAGCCAGCCAAACAAGCUGCCUACAAAACUCGAAGAAGACUUCCCUUCCAUUUCUAAUGACUUUAGAAUCCCAGAUGUGUGUGACGUAGUCAAGGAAAACUAUCACAGCUCCCCACUCCGCAUCUCAGGCCCAGUGACUCUAUGGCUACACUACGAUGUCCUAUCCAACAUCCUAUGCCAAGUCCACGGCAAAAAGACACUGUUUCUUUACCCACCCUCUGAUGUCUCCCUCUUGGACUUCCCACCAGGAGGCUCCUCGUCAAACACCGAUGUCCUGACGUCCAAAAACCACAAGCUACGUCGUACGCACCCGCACGUAGCAUCUCUCGCGCCUGGGGACAUCCUAUUCAUUCCCCCCAUGUGGAGUCACACGGCGACGCCUGAGGACGGCGUUAGUGUAGCGGUAAAUGUAUUUUGGAGGGGUCUGGAUAAGGGAUAUGCGGCGGGCAAGGAUGUCUAUGGCAACAGGGAUCUACAGGCGUACGAAAAUGGGAGGAGGGAUGUGGAGAAGAUUGUGAGGGCAUUCAAGGAUAUACCAGGGGACGUGUCGAGGUUUUAUCUUGAGAGGUUGGCGGGGGAGAUUUUGGAGAAGGCGCAGAAAAUGGGUGUGGAGAAGGAUGUGAAGCAUGAUGAAGAGAAAGUGUAG